UGGAAAACCCUUAAAAAUACAAGAUGUCCUCUUUAGCACGACAGUUACAGCAGCUUCAAAUUCCAGGCAGUUUGCCGUCUGCUGCUGCUAAAACCAGCAAGAAAGCAUCUUUACUCUUUGAUGCUAAAGAAGCGGCGGACAUCGACAACGAAACUAUCUUUUCUAUCGCUCUAAAUGGUCUUGAAGAGUUGAAAGUGAUCGAACCAGGUUUCUCAACAUUCGAUAAUUCCCUAUUUGGUGAUGCUUCCAAGUCAUUGGAGAGGACAUUGCAGUCUAAAGAAGUCAAUGAGAAGUUAGAUCAGCACAUCACAAAGUUCUUGAAAUAUUUAUCCCCGUAUUUCUUGCUGAAACCAGCGCAUAAAGUUUUGGAGUGGCUCAUUCGACGUUACCAGAUUCAUGUUUACAAUGUAGACAGCUUGGUCUCGUGUAUUCUCCCCUUUCACGAAACAAACAUAUUUGCUCGAGUUUUGCAGCUGUUAGCAAUCAAAGAUCCACAUUCCAGGUGGAAUUGGCUUCGUCCAAUUCAAAAGGCCGGUGUUCCUCUUUCCAAGACUGCUUUCUUGCAGCACUGUAUUUCAGAUAGUUCAUUUUUAUCCCUAGUUUGUGACAUGGUGACGGAAGGGAUCAAAUUAAAAAUUCCUCUGUCAAGUUCCAGGGUUUUAAUCACAUUCUAUACAACAACAGUUGUUGGGGUGCUGGACAUGAUGCCUUCAGUGACAGAGAAGUUUAUAACACAUUUAUUGCCAUAUUUAUUGCAAGGACUUGGGUCCAGAAUAUCUGAUCUUCUGGCUUCAUCAUACAUGAUAACAGCUCAACUCUGUUUUAAGUGUAACAUGGAGGAAACUUUGGUGAAGUCUCUCACUGAAAGUAUUUGUAAGGUGGGUACAUUUUCACAUUGCAACAUACUCAAAGCUUCUUGUUCAUAUAAUGACAUAAUUAUAGGCUUUGAGUAUGUUGAAAACAUCUACGUUUAUAACCUAAGGUCAAUCCAACAUCCAGACAUCUCACAACUUGUUGUGGUACAGAAUACAGAGAAUGGCUUGAGAUUUGGGUGGGAACGGUUUUAGCUUUAUAUUCCAGAAAGAUGUCCAUCCAUUAGACAGUGAAGUCACAUGCAGCAAAAAUACAGUUGCAACAAUUCUGUACAUCACAACCAGUGUAUACAUGUAGAUCAAGCCAGUCAUUCCCAGGGGCAUGUCUGAAUAACAAUAUUAUCACAAAAACAAGGAAUAAGCAAGUUGAAGACUUAAUGAAUUCUUGCAAUAAAACCUCAGUUUGAAUGUAUUGAAUGUAUUGUUAUACACUGUUUAAUUUUAUUUCAUCCAAGAAUCUAAAACCGAGCCUUGCAGUUGAAGGACUUGCUUGUCUAACCUACAUUUGCCAGUCGCAAGGCAUCAAGAAACUGUCAAAAAGGUACGUACUUUGUUAUUUUUAUGCAUGUUUUGCGUAAAUAUCGCUGCCUUCAGCAAACCUUUCAACUGCAACCUAGCUUAAUGCCCGUAAUGUUAAUUAAAUUAACUGAUGAUCUAUUAAGCAUGCAAUGAAAAGUGUGUUCCCUGUGUUUGAAGAAAUAAUCCCCCUGGGAUAAAAAUCUUCAGUCGGGUCACUUUCCAAUGCUGGAAUCACUGAGUGACUGACUGACUGUCUGAUAUCCUGACUGUCCAACUGACCCAUCAACUGAUUGACUGGCUUAUUGGCCUUUCCGACUGACUGAUCAUGACUGAAUGACUGACUGGUUGACAGAUGGGAAGACCUGUGUGACUCUUUUACAGACUCACAGACUUCAACUGAUUGGAUCAUUGAAUGGCGGACAGGAAGGGUGUGUUUGUAUAGAAUGAUCCAGAUCACAACUUACGAUCCAAGAUCACUGCCUCCAUGAAACUGGUACCAUUGACACACCAAGUUUCAAGUGACCUCAGAUCAUAAAUCCUAAUCUGGAUCGUCCUAAAAAAAAUGCACUCCAAGAUGUUAAAUGACACAUUGACUGACUGGCAGAUGGCAUCUGAAUGACUUUCUAAAAGAAAGACUGUGGACUGUUGGCUAUUUAUUAUUUUUUUCCUUCACUCUGAAAUAAUAACUAGAAAAUUUCAUCGACAUUUUGAGUAUAAUUUGCUCUUGUAGGUCAUUUAAAGCUCUUCUCAAGCAGUCAAAUCUGGUGAAGACAUUCCAUCAGCUGUCCUCCACUCAUGUUAUCACUCCCCUGCUGGAAGUUAUCAUACCCCAGAUGGUAUCCGCUGGUAUAAAAAAUGAAUUAUCAGAAGAACAUGCUGAUUCAACAUCAGAAUCCUUGCUUGAAAUUACCAUGGAGUUACUGAAAAACAUUGAUUUUGAAAAGGAAUCUGUUAUCCUUGUGGGCAGGUCAGAAUCAAAUUUAGUCAAAUGGUGACUGGCCUGAGGGGACUCAAAAUGAUGAUGAUGAUGAUGGUGACUCUUAGCUUAGUCUCUAGGGACUUAGAUCACUUCUUCGAUAACAGUGAUACAGAAAGGAAGUCACCCAAAAGAAACAGCAGAAAUUAUACUUGAAAUGAAAUUAUCCAGUGAAUGAUGAAAGUGUAUUCCCCGUGUUUGAAGGAAAGAUCCUUUUGAGAACUUUUUCUUGUUGAGUACCUUUUCUGACACUGGAUAAUUCAUAAAUCAUUACACCUUACAUUGUAGUUAUUGUCAUCAUCAUCAUCACAGUUAUCCACAUCCUUGUCAUUGUCGGCAUUGUUAUUAUUGUCGUCAUAAUCAUCAUCAUUAAAAUCCUGAUCAUUGUCCCGAUCAUUCUCAUCAUUUUCCCCUUUUCAUCAUAUUUUUUUUGUCAUGACCAUAAUCAUAAAAUUUUUAAUUACCACAUCACUCACAAUAUCAUCAGUCACAGUGUAGGAGUGGCUUUUAAUAUUGUUUUAAUAUGUAAAUGUAAUACUGUUAAUAAGAUAUCUGAUCGUGUUUUGUUUCUUUUUUUCCCUCCAAUAGAGCACUUCUUGAAGAAUAUUGCUAUGCUUGUGAAACACUCGGUGGAAACAAGAUUGAAAUAAACAAGUUAAAUGAUAAAGUGAAAGAUAUUGUACAGACUUUGGAAAGAAGGUCAGUUUAUAUGUUCUCUGUCAGUUGUGAAGUUAUAAAAAUUUUAUAGCCAGCUUACUUUCUGAUUACUGUUACUUUGGUAAUUUGCACUAGUUUUGCAGUAAGCAGCUUUUAUGAUGGAAACAAGCUAAACAACUUUUAAACAUGUUUGAGCUUUGGUGUAAAUGGGGAUAAAGCUGUAGAUACUAAAAUUAAUUAUUUUACAUUGUAUUUCUUUUAUAGUCAUCUCUUCUUAACAUCUCAUUGAAAACGCUAACUGAGGUUUAUCCGAUCCCUUUGGUUCAUCUAGGUAUCCUACAGAACUGGAAAAGGCCAUUGAAGGACAUCUAGGGUCCCUCAGAGGUAAAGAGGAUACCCCUGAAGGAGGAGCAGGAGGUAUAGCUGCUCAGAGCUCUGUCUGGACAAUGGAGUUGGUUUCUAUGGCACUUACAGGGGUCCAGUCACAGGUAACAGCAUCUUUUUUAAAAACCACUCAGAGGUCUCCCUGAAUAAUUUUUCUUUGAUAAUGUUACUUUUAUCAAAGUUUUACUGAUAACCUGAAAGGAGAUGUUAAGAGUGAUUUAAGAUAUAUACCAUCUACACAGUGUUGUAACAAAGCUGUUAUACUUUUUGUUCAGGUUAUCCCAGACUCCAACACAACAUUAGUCUUGAGUCUUCAUCACCCUCAAGCGCAAAUGCGAGAAUUUGCAGUUAAACGCCUUGGAGACCUUCUGGAAGGAAAAGAGGUGAAGCUUAUAAACUAAUGCUAUUUUAUGUUGAGUAUUUUUGUUGUGAUUGUCAUAUUAUUAAUUUGUAAGUUGGUAAACAUGUGUCAGCUUUAACCCUUUAAGCCCUAAGAGUGAUCAGCAUCAAAUUUCUCCUGCUAAUGUCAAUGCUUUGUAAAACAGAGUGGUCAUGAGAAUUACGGACAUGAUCACACAAGAUGAGUUUGCUUUAUUAUCAACUUCUCCUCACUACUUCUGUAGGAAAUGAAUGGGGGCAACAAAUGAGAAUUCAAAUUUUGAUCUUAGGGUUUAAAGGGUUAUUAUAUACUGUAUGGUGGUGAUGAUGUUGAUCAUCAUCCUUAUAUCAUUAGUGUUAUCUCCCUCAUCAUCAUUGUUUUUGCCAACAUUAUUGAUGAGCUCCAAUAAAAUUUCUGUGUUCACAGUGCAUUUUAUUUACUCCAGUUUCUGAUUACUGCACUUUUCAAAAACAUGCAAACUCUAAAGUUCAAAAGCCACCUUCACAAUUGCGUUUUUCCCUGCAGUCAUGGAUAAAAUACCAAAAAUUGAUUUGAUCUAAUCCUAUCCAGGCUUUGUUGACAGUGGUCAUUUUUAAUUUCUUGAUAAUGUUGUAGGGAGUGCCAGAAGACAAACAGUUUGUUACAGAGUCUCUACUUUCACGACUUCAAGAUGAUGAUCCAGCGGUUGUUACGUGUGUGCUUAAGCUAGGCAAGGUUGGUUUCUGGACUCUGCUGACAUCUCUAUUACUGUACAUUUAAGACUUUUCAGUGGCAUUUAAGAUGUAACAAAAAAUGACAAGUUAAUACCAUGUCAGAGAAGCAAAAAAUAAAAUAAACUAACAUGAUCACAGAUUCUUUUUAUCUUCCUUAUUAUGCUCAUAUGAGACAUUGUAUGUUACUAAAUUAAAUCUAGCUCUUUAUUAGAGCAGUUACCUUCAUUAGAAAGUAUUGUGUAUUUGAUUGGUUAAAGUGCUUGCCUUUCUUUUCCAGCUUCUUGCUGAUAAUCUUCCUGGCUCUCAGUUUGUGCAAGAGGUGUUGAAGCUGUUGAAUAAGAGAUCCUCCGACUGGUUAGCAUUAAUACAUAAUUAAAUUACAGACCAAAUCUGCUUAUAAUAAGCAGGCACCCUUAGGAAGGAGAAAAAUUGUCAAGGUGGCCUUAAGAAAGGAAGCCUUCUACUUCAAGAGUGCCUGCUCUUGGAUCUUAAACCUAUUUAUUUUUUGCAUUAUUUGAGUAGUUUUAUCUCUGAUUUUACUAGCAACCGGUGUACAUUCACAUCACAGAUAAAGGGAGCUAUUUAUUUAUUUGUUUAUUUAUUUAAAUGCACAUGUUAAUUGACAGGGAUGAAGUGAAAGAGGAAGCAUUACUGUUGCUUGUUGGUGACUGGAUAAAAUCUGCUGACUCAACUCUUGCUGACAGUAUCUUGUUUGGCUUGUUACCUUACUUCUUCCUUUAUCGUCAUUCCCACAUGACAGCAGUUCGCCUCUCAGUGACAGUCAGCAAAUCAGUGCUAGCUGCCCAGCAUCCUCUGUUGUUUGGAAUGAAAGACUUUGUCAAAAAGAAAGGUAGUUUGUUGGCUUGUUUUCCAGUGUGUCGUCUAGUACAUUGAUUUUCCACUCACAGAAUGAUCACAUUUCUUUUAAGCCAAGAAAAUUAAUCAUUAACGGUGUAAUAUAUUCGGUUGAAUCAGAAGAGGCAAUUUUGUUUCAGCUAUGCAACAAUUUUAGUGAUAACAAUAUUUCUCAAAUUUCUGAGCAGCUGUUGUUUUAAUUUUCUGCUGUGGCACUCGUAACUGGGGCCAUAUGCAUCUCAGUGAGCAAGUGACAGAUGGUGCACUGUACGUGAAGUUUUGUAAUCAAUUUAAAAUAGUGAUUUUUAUAUUUGUGCAAUAAAUUUCUCAACAAUUAGAAUGGAAGAGGUGUGGCAAAAGUUCUGAUGUUGAUAGUCUGGCCUUGGCUAACAGCCUGUUAUUCCACUGGCUUGGAGAAAAUCUGAUGAGGUUGAAGGACAAAAAACUGUUAGAAACAGUAAGUGCAAAAAUUUUUUGAUGGCUCAGUGGUUUUGUUUCCAAUGAUACAGAAAAGGUCCGCUGAGUAGGCAUACCUAGGAUCUUAAAAUUAUUAUUGUUGUUGUUACUGUUAAUUUUUUUUUCAUUUGAUUGAUAAAGGAUCUUUUCCACAGAUUUUAAAGUUAUAGUGAUAAAACAAUACUGAAAUGUGAAAAUGAAGUGAAAAAAGUGAAAUGUGAUAAUUAAAUGCAGGCUAGGAGCAAAACUAGGGUUAAAAUAUGAAAGCCAUUAUUUUCAUCAUUUUUGCAAACACAUGAGGGGUACAUAAGUGUGAUUUUUUAUUAUCCUCUUUUCUGUCAGGUGCAAAGUAUGAUGAGUCAUGCCCAGGGUCUUGAAGAAGAGAGCCUUUUUCACCCACUUCUAAAGUGCCUAUUAAGCCAGGUGGUAUCCAUGACAACAGGCCAACCGUUAAAGGAGACAUUAUGCCAUAUUAUAGCGGAGUUUAUCCUGCGUGACCUUUGGAAAGUAGCAAGAUUCCAAGGAAAUUAUGACACACCCGAGGUAGUUUGUAUGUGCCUGUUUAUAAAGUUAAACCUUUUUUAAAUGCUGUGUCAUUUUGAUGAAAAUUAAGGAUAACCAUUUUCAACAUAAACGGACAGCUCCAAAGCUUUCAUUUCAAUGUUCCCAUACGUAUAUAGUGUACUGGUUGCUUGCUUUCCGAGACUUGAAAACAGAAAGUGCUUUUUUCCAAUGUGGCCAAAGUCAAAUUCAAAUUUUGUUGUGUAAAAUGGUGAAAAACAAAAAACCCCAUAUAAGUGAAAGUUCUGACAAAAAGGUUUUUAUUUGAAUGGUCACACGGCAGGAUUUGUCCACAGACGUAAAAGUUAGAACCACCGUGCAAGACUCCAACACUCACUCUGGGUCGAGUGAAUAUGUUAAAUUUAAUAAAAUAGAAAAAUGGAAUCACUUGUCUUAUCUUUAAACGUUCUUGGUAUAAUCUUCCUGAUUUAUUUUGAACUAUUUUUCAUCUUUUAGAGUGACGUUUCGGAACAAGAUGGAAGUGGGAGUGUUCCACUUCCACUGUUAACCAGUCUAGUUAAGUUUCUUGGCAAGCGCAGCACCAAGCGAUUGAAUCAUGCUAUAGGGGCCAUCAUACUUCAGCUGUGCAGCAAUCUGUUGAAGAACCUACCAUCUAAAUCAGCUGCUUCCAGUGGUAAGAGAAUUUACUGUGAAUUUCAUUCUUCUACACCUGCAUGUUCUCAUAUUAUUUAACAAAUUCUCUUUAAAAUAUAGCGCAGAAGAAUAAUAUUUUAUCAAUUAUUUUCUAUUAAGGUAUUUAUUAAUUCUGAUGAUAUGUAGUGUUUGUUGGCUAUAAAAAUUGACAUUUUAAACAUUUACAUUAAAUAAUUAUUUUGGGGGGCAGACUAAGUAAUUUAUCUACAGGUAUAUUAUCUAGGGGCAAAUUAAAUUUUCUGGCCAAAAUAGUUAAAGCUCUAUUUUUAGAUAUGCAAACCAUCAAAACAGAAAGGAGGCCUUUAAUAUCUUGGAAAGUUUCUAGAAUCUGAUAGCUCCAAUCUCAUUCUUAACCUUCCAUCCUUUACUUGUUUGAAAGGCAAUGAAAUAUUAAUUUUGGUUCAUAUAUGUGAUUUCCCAGGUCAUUGGUGGUCCUCUGAAUGUACCAGUGAUGAUGAAGGAUUUUACACUAAGGUGAUUGACAGUUUGUUUGUAGUAAUACUCUUUAAUAUGUAAGUUGGGACUUUUGUUCUGGUUGUGAGCCUCAGCACUAUUAAAGUGGUUGCAUGGCAAGUAUUUGCAUUUUCACUUAUUUUGGUGACCCAUGUGAAGUAAUAAUUUGUUUUUUCUAUCCAGCUAUUGGUAUCACUCUUUGAGGUGGUGGCAUUUGGGAGUGGCACAUCAACAUCACAUCAAAUGCAGUUUAAAAAGUUACUAAAGGAGAUAUUUGAGGUAUGUUUUCUGGCAUGGGGAAUAACAGAGGACACGUUCUUGAAUUUGCUCAUUUUUUCUGGGUUAAUUUAAAGGCCUUUCACUUGCUCUCACUCACCUUGUAUUUUUUAAAAAGAAGAAUUCUCACUGGUAUUGAGAGUGAAGUCAAACCCUCACACAGUUAACCUUUGUAAGCUGUACUGUAUCAGUCUUGAAAGACUUGUCCAGUAUGUUCACUAUAUGGAGAAUUUCUUGCCCAUUAGAGAGAGGUAACUUUAUUUGUGUAACAAAAUACAGUUUGGAUAAAAAUGUAAGAAUCAGUGGCUCAGUCCAUGGGAAAACUGUAGCAUUGUGUUUUUUACUUACAGUCUGAUCAUGACAAAUCAUGGAAUUAUUUAACCUGAGAUGAAGGAUUUACUUUAAACUGAGUCCUUUUUGCAGUCCCCUGUACAAAUUAACAGAAUUUCAAGUAGUAGUGCUUGAAAAAGUUCAUGACUUUUUGUCCUGGUAAUAUUAUUUUUCAGUUCCAGCUUGCUGACAAGGUUGUCUUGUUGAAGUUUCUGGGACAUUUGUGGUGUAAACCACCCAACAGGGGAGAGGAGAGUGUGUCGGCUCUACUUCAAGUACAAAGUCUCCACAUUGCAAAUGUCUGUCUUAGCUCUGUGUCAGGAAAAACAGUCAAGGAGCUGAUUAAGGCAACAUGCACAGGUGUGUAAUCAUAUAUUGGUAGGGUUAUCCAGACAGUUUAAAGUAGAGGGAUAAAAAGUUCCAAUUAGCCGUCAGAAAAAAUGAUCUAAGAAGAGAGAGCUUUCAACUGGAAUAGCUGUGCUAGCUGGUAGAGAAGGUUUCACUGGUGGUAUUUCACUAAUUUUAAGUUUGCCAUGUUGACUACAGAUCACCAUGUUUUACACCACAGCAGUUUACUUACUAUCUCAGUUAGAUCUGGCACCUACAUGCAACAGCUACAUUUUUCUUAAAAUAUAAACAUUUUUAAGGUUGCUUAAAUAAAAAAUAACAUUCACCAUUUUUUUUCUUUUCAGUGAUUCCUUCCUUAAUUGUACCAUUAUGCAGCCCUGUAUCAUCGGUCAGGAAAUCAGCCAUUGCUUGCAUCAAAACUCUCAAUUCAAAGCUUCCACAGGGGUCCCAAGCUGUCACCAUUGCUGCAUUAGUUAGAGUACUGACGGAAAAUGCUGAAGAACUGGCUGCCGACCCUGAACAGCUUCCAAAAGUUUUUGGUGAAUUUUUCAAGCCUUUGUUACCACAUGACAAGCCACGCCCAAAGGAUUCUGCUGAAAUAAGGGUUGCGAAGAACACACUGAAAUAUCUUUUACAACAUUUGGUUUCCAGUGACAUGCCUUCUUAUGUCAGGAGAAUCAUUCUUUCAUCUUUGAGAAAAGUGGAUACCCAGGUAGGGAUUUGAUUAGCUCUUACAGUAUAAUAAAUAUGGGUAAAACUUAAGGCAGGUGACUAUACCAUAGGGGAGGACUUUUGGAUCGCUGAGAGUUCCCCAAAAGAAUGCCAAAUUUAAUUCUGUAAGAUACUUAAAACGUAUAGCAGCAAUUAACAGAGCACCUAAAGAGGUGUAAUAUGAAUGGUAAUACCACAGGAUUUCAUCCACAGACUCCAAAUUUAGAACUACAAUGUACAUACUAAUGAAAUAGUACUAUACGAAAGUAAUGUUGAAGAAGAUAUAAUGUGUCACCCUAACUUUUAAAUCUUUGGAUGAAAUCCUAUACUUAAGACUUUCACAAAUGUUUUGUUCUUUAUGCAGGAUAUUUUGCACAGUCUUUUGCCGCUGCUGGAAACACUGCUACAAAAAUGCAGUGACAACACAUCUGCCUUGACGGAAGAUGAAAGCAUCGUGCUACAGCUCAUAGUGCAGAAGUAUACGACACAUACUGCCACCCUGCUGCAGCUAGAGUCUUCCCCUUGGGAGUUGUUGUUAAGGGUAAUGUCCCUAACAACAAGCAUGUGUCCGAGACACCCACCACCCAUUAUGACAGUUCUUGGCCAAGUUUCAAACAGAUUUUUCCAGGCACUUCCAGCAGAGGAGCUACGGCAGCAUUUGUUUAAGACUCUUGUGGACACGCUGUUUGAAACAAAGGAUAUCACUGUAGGCAAUGCAGUCAAAAAUACUAUUUUGAAGGUGAGGUGUUAUGUGAGCUUGAUUGGUUAAUAAAAGUCAAACUUAACACCUACAUGUACUGACUUCAGUAUGGUUAGAUAUUUGAAAAAUAUGACCCAAUGGAAAUUACAUUAAUUUUUUACUAGCCAUUUUAAUCCUUGUUAGGCUUUUGGUAGCUGUUUGUUGUACUAUAUGCUAAGUAGAUAUAUGUUGUAGUUAAUUUUUUAUUUCAGUUAAUUUUUAUUUUUCCAUUGUUUUGGGGUAUGGUAAUGUAUGCUAAUGAAUUUAAAACAAAGGAAAAACAAAAAUUAACUGAAAUUAAAAAUUAACUGCAACAUAUAUAUUCUUAUUUUACCCAUUAAUAUUUUGUUGCUUUUGGCGUAGGAUAUACAUAAUAUAUGUUUACUGGGCCGGCAAAGAUGGAAAAAUGAUAAUAUUAUUUCUUGUUUUAUUUAGCUCACAUUAACAGCAGAUCUGAUAACUGAGGAAAUUUUGAAGUUAAAUACAGACAAUGAGAACAAGCCAAAGAAGAAGAAAGUAAAAAGGUUGGUGUGCUACCCAAGAAUCUGAUCGAUAAGGGUACUCAAUUUCUAAUGGCCAUUGUUCAGCUUUUGAAAAAGGUUAUUGUUAGGGUUAGUUUAACAUACACUGUAUUGGCAAAGUCCGAUAAUGAACCAUGGAAAUUAUUGAACGAAGUGAAUUAGUUGUUUUGUAGAUCAGGUUUUACUUCCUUUUCUUACUACUGAGGUUCAUAGUCCAAUGCUUUAAUUCUUCAGUCUUUUCUAGAUAAAGUUAAUUUAACUUACGUUUCACUGUCUCAUUUCUUACUUACCUGUACAUGAACCAUAGCAAUUAUAUUUUAUUUUACUGCCUGUUUUUGUUUUACCUAUUAAGGUCGCAACAGCAACAGAAAGAUGAGGAAAAUGAAACAAAUAAUCAGCUUCAAAGAGUAACAGUCAUCCUAGAGCUUCUGCAGCAUAAGAUCAACAUUGAAGAACCACACAGGCUUUUGCUGACUUUAUUUGGCACUCUUACCAGGUGUGCAUCAAUCCACUAAAUAUUCAUUCUCUUCCUUUUGACAUGCACUGUAAAAUCUUGAUGUUUUUGAAUUCUGAAAAUGUUAGCACCCUUCUAAAAUAAUGUCAACCCACUUGUCAUGGUCAGAUACCAUGCAUGCAUACUCUUUAUUUUGCACAGUGUAUUCUGUAUUUUGUGUGUAAUAAAGCAGAGGUUGAUGAUAUUAACUUGUUGAUGUAUUGGCUUCACUUAGAUGUGUAGAGCUGGAUCAUAGUCAGGUGGCCUCAGAAUAUAUCAUGCAGCUUGUAUUUUCCCUGAUCAACAAUAUCUGUGACAAACUCUCAGGGGCAGGUGAGUUUCUUUGUUAGGCACAUGACUGUAUGGUUAUAAGGCCCCUGCCUCCACAGGAAUCUAGACAUUUUUGAAACCAGAUUUUGUUUUACCCGCAUUUCUGUGGAUGGGAUUUUGUUUCUGUGGAUGGGUUCACUUUGGAUGGAAGGCAGUUUUCAAAAAUAAACUGGAUUCAUGUUGACAGUUUUGGUGAGCAGACUCACUGGUUUCACCAUCUUUAAAAUGAUGGAAAGGGUUGUCAGUUUUGGUGUAAAUUAAUAUAAUUAUGUGGUUUCAAAAAUAUCUGUAUUCUUGUUGACAUGGCCUAUUAAGCAAAAGGGUAGGAAAAUUGCACUGACUAAUCUAAUCACCAUCUUUAAAAUGGUUUACUGUAUAGGUGGUGACCUUCACCUCUUGCAGUUAUGUUGUGUUAUAUUUUCUAUCUUUUGUCUCCUGCAUACUUGAGGGUUAAAAUGUUUGAAAUCUUCUCACUAAGAAAUUCUUUCUUCAUUCUCAGCAGAUGUUGUCCCUGAGGAUCAAUUUGAUGUUGAGCUGAUAGUACAAUGUAUAAGGUCCUCUGAAAGUCCACAAACUCACAAUCAAGCUCUGUUGUUACUUGCAACAGCGGCAAAGUUCUUUCCAGUAAGUAUAUCAUUUUUUUCUGCCUUGAUUCUUAUACAAUGUACUGUUACUGUUGUAGCAAGACUUUACAGUAGCUCCAAAAUCAUUGCAGAUGAAUUUGGUCUUUAUGUCAGUAAUGAAUUGCAUUGAAAGGGUUGUGUGUUUGUCUCCAGUUUGCCUGUAUGCAUUCAAAGGAACACUACCCAGGGAUGGUGUAGCAAUUUUCAGACCCCAGCAAAAAAGCUAUCCACCAGAUAAAUCUUUCUCCAGGAGAUAACACAAUUCGUUCCUUAACGUAACAGGUAUCCACUGAACAUUCAUUCAUCCAGUCAAUAGUGCUACCCAGCAUUUGAACUAUUACUGUAAGACCAGGAUGCUAGACGUCUCACCUUCCCUCCAUUUUAAUGUUAAGUGUACAAGGAUUCUUGUUUUAUUGUUGCAUUGUUCAUAUAGUAAUUGCUAACCCAUUUAAGUUAGAUUGAUGAUAAUUUAGUGGAAUUUAAAUUGUAACGUUUCUUACAGGAAAAGGUGUUGCAUAAUGUGAUGCCAAUCUUCACAUUUAUGGGUGCUAGCGUUGUACGUAAGGAUGAUAGCUACAGCUUUGAAGUCAUCACUAAAACACUGGAUACUGUUAUUCCAGCUUUGAUUCAAGUAUGUGACUAUUGUAGUACUUUAGAGCUUACAGUCUUGGUGGAUAACAUCCUCCUCAAUCUCUUUAAUUCUUCAUAUGAUACGAAAGCCAAAUUCAAUUAUUCAUUCAAAAUAAUUAAUUCCUAGUUUUAAAACAAGCUAAAACAUGCUUACCUCCAUCAAUGUUAAGUUCAUCUUUGAUAAUGGAUGUUUAUCAGCAAGUGUUUAGGAGAUAAAGGGUUUUUCAGUUUUACAAAUAUUCUCCAAACAGCAGAUGUUGUCCAUCGAGUUGUAUCCUGGCUAUGUUUUUAGCCAAUAGUUUGCCUAUUUAGUCCUCAUGAAACAAGUGAAAUGUUUUGCCGUUUUGUCCUCACUACCAACUAACAACUCAAUCUUUUCCCCAGGUCUUCUCAGUUAACUGUUCAAUAAUCUGGUAAUUUUGCUGCACACUUGAUGUCAUUUUUCACAUAUCACAAAUUCUUCCAAAUGUGGUCGACAAUAGCUGGCUAUGAUGAGUUAUAUGUGGGAUUUUAGCCAAUCAUAAACGAAGAAAUAUUUUGAAUGAAUAUCAAUACUUAUUAUUGCUGAUAUUCAUAUUGUAAUCGUACAGAGACUGUUGUAAGUCCAGUGAGUGAUGAAAAACGUUUUCCCCGUGUUUGAAGGAAGGCAAAUUCCUUCUGAGAAGAAAAAAAACAUGUUGAGUUACUUUCUGACACUGGAUUGAUCAAAGUCUUGUACAAGCUACAGUAAGAGUUUACAAAUGAUUCUGUAAUUGAACAAGUAACAAGCAGACCUAUUGCAUGUCUGAUUUGACUACUUGACUGACUUAUAAAUCUGAUUGAUCAGAGCAGCUACUUGCUGUAUUGCCUGAUAACAGACAUUCUGACUGACAUGACUGAAUGACUUUCUUACUGACAGACGACUACCAGACCUGCUGAUACAACUGACUUUCAUGCACUCACCUGCUACAUGUACCAAACUGCCUUACUUGCCUGGCUUACUGGCUGACUAACAUACUGACUGCUCUGGUAACUAAAAGACCUACUGAUGGACAGACAGACAGACAGACUGAAUUAAUUCUUUAUGGUGCUGUCAGACUAACAAUAAUUACUGAUAGACUGACACACAGACAGCACACUGACUGACCUACAGAUAGAUUUUAUAAGUGUGAGAUGGACCAGUGGACUAGUGAGAGCGAUCAAAGCUUAAAAUAUUCUUCAUCUAGUGCUGUGCCUUGCAUAAGUUUCAUGUUGUAGAAGGUCAAAACAUGCAUGAUCAGAUUUCACAGUGAUGAAAGGUCCAAAGACGCAUGAUGACAUUGUGUUCUGUGCAUUCCAUUCCCUCCCAGUGGAAGACCAAAUGGUUGCUGGCUACAUACAUGUAUGUGCCAUGCAUCUUUGAUGGCAACCUGGAGAUUGGGAUUGCAGGCUCCUACGGUUGCUUGCAAUUAAGUUUUAACAUGAAAAAUAAAUAUAUUUACCUAUCUUUCCUUACAGGCUGGUGAAAAGCAUCAACUACCUCAGCUCACAAAGAAGGGUGGCAUAUCACUGGAUGAUAUCGUAGCCAUGUUGAUAAGAGUUUUUGUUGAUGCAUCACCUCACAUACCUGAACACCGUCAGCUUCCACUCUUUACACAUCUUAUCAGUACACUUGGUUCCCUUCAAUUUCUUCAUACUGCUGUCCUUCUGUUGCUUGAGAGGCAUGUGGUUCAUGGUGCAAGCAGUCCUGAUGGAGACAAACAGGUUUGUGUUGAAGUCAACCACAGGAUCAUCUAGGAUUAACAAUAUAAUGGUCCUUAUGCCUGAUUACAUCAGAUGGGCAAAUUUCAUCACCAAGCCUUGUUUGUAAGCAAAAUACUCUCUGGGUGUGGGUAUUUUUUCUAACUCUAUUGCCUUGGGAAUUCAUUUAUGGAAACCUUUGCAACUGUACAGUUUUAAAAUGAGGCUUGGUGGUAAAAUUUGCUCAACUGACGUAAACAUGCAUUAGGGGUAUUAAUGCUUUCACACGAUAUUACAACCUGUUCUCACUGUAUUAUAGAUAGCCUGCCUUAUGCAGUCAAAUCCUCUAAAAAGACUCAUUUCUCAGGUGUACAAUCUUUAUAAUAGAGACAUCAGAGACAAGAGCCUGUCUCAUUUGAUGAUAGGUUCUCUUAGUUGCACAUUACUUCCUCUAAGGCAUUAUUAGUACUUGUCCCAAAGGUCUUUUUCAUUGAUGAAUUACACUUUUCAAUGCUUUGUUUAACCCCAUUACAGGUUGGCAUUAAGAAUCCUCUUGGAGUGGAGUUUUGUCUGAGCCUCUGCCACAAUUUUGAUUCCCACGUCCAGGUACUGUGUACAACUACAACUUGAAAAUUUGAAAAGUAAUGCAUCGAGAGAGGCCUCAAGGGACUCCUGAUCCAAUUUUAAAUUCUCCCUUUGUUUCAUUAACUAACUAUAAACACAAGGUAAUUUAUUGUGGAAAAAGAAUGUAAUGUCAAAUUGGAUGUCACUUGGGCUGUUAUACUCAUCAGCACUGCUUUAGUUGUCACCUUCGAUUAGUUCCUUUACAAGGCUGUCACUUGGGGCUGGGGGCUGGGUACUGGGGGCUGAGGAUUUCCUCUGGCUUCUAUGAGAAUGUCUCACAACUAAUUUCACAGCAAACAAAUGGAAAACACAACCAAGAGAACUUCAUAGCUGUCGAAUUCCCUAUCUACUCAGGGCUAUGCUCUAGCAGAGCCUGGUGGGCCCUGGCACCUAACUUAUGCUCUUGGGUGACUAGAAAAUCUUUGUUUUUUCAUGCAAAUCAUAUGCUGGGCACCCUAGAUUUUACAGGUUCAUAGCACUUGGCUCCCUACAAUUUUCCUUAUAUCACAACCUUGCUACUAAUUGCAUGUAGGUGGCAACUUGAAAUCCUAGUGAUAGCCCUGCUGUAUCUUGAUUGACUCUUGCUAACAUCCAUUUUGUUGUUUAUUUAAGGUUGAGGCUAUGUUAAAGCUUUUGCAGUUUAUUGAUCAAUUGCCUCUUGAAAAACCUGAAGGUAAGUUACAUGACGAAGUGAUCAAUGUCAAUUUUCUCUCAAACAAUAUUAUCAGUAAUACAUAUUCAAGAGAAAACAUUAUGAGAAUGAAUAAAACGAAACAUGAAAGGAGAAAUGUUUUGAUCUUUUAUCAAAUUCCGUUAACGUAUUCUUUAAGAAAAUGUAUCGAGAUCAGUCUGGAGAAUUUGUACAUGGAUAUUGGGAUGAAAGAGUUAAGUUUAUCUUUCAUUACGACUGUAUGCAGACAGUACAAGUUUUUUAGUUUUGUUAGACUUUUUCCAUUUUGUUAAGUCCAGUGGCUGAUGAAAAGUGUAUUCCCCGUGUUUGAAGGAGUGAUCCUUUUGAGAAGAAAAAUCACUAGUCGAGUCACUUUCUGACACUGGCUUUACCAACUAUGCAAAAUAAAUAACGUAGUGAAAAACUGAUUGCCUGACCACAGCUUAUUGACUGACUAGCCAACUGAGUGAACAAUUUAAUGAAUUGUCAAUUUACAGUAAACACAGUAUUGUUUGCUAGUUGUAUUGUUAUUUUUGUGGUUAAUUUGUUCAACCACACAAUGGCCAUUCUCUUCUUUGCUUUAUUACUGUCUAAUGACCCUUACACUUCUUCUUAGUUCGUCACAAGCCUAGGAUGAGUCGGAAAUCUGCCAGCACCUUCCUGGCUGUAAUACCUCUCUUUGAUGUAGACAAGCACUCUGCUAAACAUCUACGGCAGUUCAAGUACACGUGCCUGACUCUUAUACCCUCCCUUCUUGACAGUGAAGACUUUGUUAGCAAGGUUAGUGCAAAGGUUUUAGGGUGGAAGGUUGGUUUCAGGGCUGGGGGGAGACUGGGGGGGAGUCGAGUAGGUUUUGGGUGUACGAGUAGGAUUUGUAUUUAAGGUGAUAUGUACCCUCUUAUAGAAAUUGGCAAAUCUUAAAUGCCCGUUACUGUAAACUUGUAUUAGUUUAUUGUGAAGCUUUGCUCUGUUGGAAAUAGUAUUAUACUUGCUAGAAUUUUCUUGAAUAUGAAUACCUCAUUCUUGAUCUGUUGUUUCAUUUUCAUGGCCCCAUUAUGCAGCUCGUAGCUAGCUCGUAGCUACAUAGAUAUCUAAGGGGCAGUGACCCUUCAGGCAAUAUUGUCUAGUGUCUAGUUGUCGAGACCAUGAGCAAAUUCAACCCCAAAAUUUGAUACAUCUUUCUACAGGUUCAUGAAGAGGGAGAAAUCUUAAACACACUGUUUCUCAGGUACUCUGCCAUUUUGUUGUUUGUUUUAUUGAUAGAGAAUUAAACAGGAGCCAGGUGCAGUGUUGAGUUGUAAGUGUAUUUUUAGAAAGUUCCCAAAAAGUCAUGCUUGUUGUAGACAGCGUACUAUUCUCUCAUCAAUUCAAGGACGUGAGGUGGAAGCAUAUCUGUUAUGAAAUUAUUAUGAAGCCAUCUUGAUUAAAGAUGGGUGCUGCAGUUCAUUGAACCACGCUUUUAGGAGGUCACUCAUACGUACAUAUAUUGACCCUAGUUACUUUUGUCGUUUCAGAUUACUGGAAGAUACUCUGAACUUUAUGACUAAAGUAGCUCAGCACAGUGAACGUACACCUCAUGAUGCUAGCGGGAAAUUCUGGAAAGCAAUGCUGCACAAAACCUAUGAAAUUGUUGAUAAGGUAAGUCAUACCAUGUAUUUUGUAAACUCUCCAAAAUGAAGUUUUCUCAAAUGUCAUCUGUACACAGUGGGGCUGUAUGCCAAAGUUUGUAGAUCUAUGGCCAAGGGGACAACCUUGUAUGUCUGUGUUUAAAAAGAAAGCAUUGUAUUUAUUUUGUCAACUUUUUGGACCAAGGAAACUGUCCAUUUAUUGUGAGGCAUUAGAAUUGUAGAGGUGUCUUAGAGGAGAUGUUUAAAGUCGUGAACAAAUGGAGCUGAAUCAGUUUUGCUCAGACUUAAGUGGUGGUGUUAUCUAUUGUUUUUCACCAUGAAAACUACCUUUCUUUUCCAGGUCAACCUUCUCUUGCCAUCCUCAGUAUUUUUCGAUGUCAUAAAGAAGCUGCUACACAGCAGCAGUUCUACAGUCAGGCGUAAAGCAAUGGAACUGUUGAAUAGUAAACUGAGCCAAUAUGCAGGGAGCAUUUCUGAAGAUCAGGUAUUUUACCCUUGAAAUUUUGGGUACCUAUAACCAGUAAAUCAUUAAGCAUCAGAAAGGUUGGGCUGUCGUAAGUCUCGUAGCCAGCUAACUUAAGACUUCUAAGAAGCAAGGAUUAACAGAGUCGGUUAGUGCACGGCCUAUCUUGUGGAGGAGGUUUCGAGUUUGAUUUCCACGUCCCUGUUUGAUUUCUUUCCUGACCAUUUAGCUUUAAGUAGCUUUAAAUACCCUUAAAAUGGGGUACUGAUGGAGAGAGGUGGCUUAAAGCAAGGGCCACCUCCGCCUCAGGUUUGUCAGUCUAAUGCGUACUGUAAUAAGGACCUUACUCUUACCUGAACUGAAAGUCCAUUCCAGUUCCCUUACAUUCUCAAAUCAAUGUGGAAAAGUUUUUUUGCUGUCAGGUGUGCUCAAACCUCACGACUGUGGAAAGUUUUGAUGUCAGUUCAUGUCAUCAUGAUUGAACUCUUGUUGAUUCAAUAGCUUCAUCCUUGUUAGGUACUGCAGGUAUGGACUUUGCUAGAAAUUUGAGUUUUUCUCUGCUGUUUUUAUAGGUUGGGAUACUUCUUAACCUGGUGGCUGAGCUACUUGUGAUAUCAAGAGGCACAGGGGAAAGUGAAGAAUCCAUUAUAAACAGACAAACAGCUCUCUACAGUUUAAAGCUUCUUUCACGACUGUUGGCAAAAGACCAUCCAAGUCCUUUUAAGGAGGUGUGUCACUUUUCCUUACUCUUCACCACAGCAGUAAUGUUACAAAAUAUGUUGUGUUGUUGAAGUGAAUCAGCGACUCAAAUUUUGUUGUGUUUUGUUUGUUUAGGUGAUGUCCACAUCCAUUGAAGUGUUUUCGUCCAAAGAUGCUAAUGUGCAGGUCAGUUGUGCCUGGGUUGCCUGUGGGUAACCCCUGAGGAAUUGGGAGGUGCGGGGAAGUAACAUCCGGGGAAGGGAAGAGUUCCCUCCCUUCUCUCAACUGUGCUUUGGUUUAUGGAAACAUAGGCAUAGCAACAAUCAGCAACCGCGACAAAGUACUUGCUGUGUAUUAUUUCAACUGUCAGAGUUCAGGAUAUCAUACACAGACUGAAGAGUUGGAACCACAAUCUCUGCCUAUUUUACAGUACCACAAAUGAUGCUACUUAUAAACUUUCAUUUGAAUGGUCACACUAAAAUAUAACCUACUUUGUACAGCAUCAUAUGUGAUGUUGUUUAGAUUAAUUGUGAUCUUUGUCAUGUACUUCAGGUUGCCUCCAGUGCACUGCUGUGUGCAGCAGAAGUGAUUAGUGGUCUUCAAGUCCAUGCCAUUCCAUUCUUACCGCAACUAAUGCCUUCUGUCCUGAAGCUAAUGAAAAGAACUGAAAAAGAAAGGUACUAAGGUUUUGCAACCACCUCUACCUCUCCAGUGCUAUGAACAGGAGAGAAGUGGACGACCAGACCAAAAACUACACUUUUUAGGACCAAUUAUAGUUCAUGCAGGAGUGCCUGGGUGUGGUUACUAGGAAAAUUUAAGGAUCAGUUUGCUGUUAUUUCUUGACUUGUUUAAAAGGCACCAGGCCAAAAAACAGGGCUUUAACAAACCACACCUUUUAGGGCCACACAUACCUACAAUAUACUUAUUAUAGGAGUUCCCACGCUUUGUUACUAGGCAGUAAGUACAGUCAAACAUUGUUAAUAUGGACACUGAGGGGGGCCAUAGAAAAUGUCUGUAUUAAAGGGGUGUCGGUAUUAAGGGGCUUUUUUUCCCCAGAGACCAAUCAAACUGUCUGUAAUAAUGAGAUGUCUGUAUUAAAUGGGUGUCCGUGAAGUGGAGGUUUGGAAAUGAGCCCUUGUCUAACCCUGAAGACGCUCUUCUUGGUGGAGAAUCGAAACUUGGGAAGUGCGCUAAGCGCACACUGUGACGUUUGUUCUUGAAAAAGAAAAUGCUUGGUCAUAUGACUUGAUACUUGACUGAUGGUUUUUUUAUGUGUUUUGUUAGGAACAGUUUGCUGACACUCUGUUGUGCUACUACUCUUCACAAGACCACAGAAGCCCUUCCUCACUUCUUGAGUCCUUAUUUGGUGGAUCUACUCAUUCAGGUGGGUACCCUGUUUUGAUUCCAUCCUUCUUCACAGGCAGCCCAUGUUGACAUAUUGGUCAUAAUGUAAUGUGGCCUUUGCAAACAAGAAUGAUACGUUUUUUACAUGUCUGCUUUGUAGUCAACAAUGUAUUGUUUAAGGUUUAUCUGUGAGUCGCAGAGUUUAAACUGGUAGCUAGAGUAGUUUAUGUCUGGAAUAAGAUUACAGUCAACUCUCCCUUGACAGACACCUCUUUAACACACCUAGAGUUGGUCCCUGUCUCUAUAAGACGGCUAACGUCUCUCUCAAACACUUAGGUGUCCAUCUAUGACUGAGCUGACUGUAUAAAGAGAUGAAAUAUCUCAGUCAGCUGCCAUUGCUCAGACCAGUUCAGGGUUGUCAAUAUCCGCCGGCAACCGUCGCUAUUGCCGCCUGUACAUUAUUGGAAAAAUGCAAAAAAAAUUUACGGUGAAAAAAGUCGUUUAAUAAAAAAGAAAAAAGAAAUUGUUUUAAUCAUGCCCUGCAUAUUCUUUCUUGUAAGGCAACUUCCCUACCUGGGCAACACAUAUCCCUAGUAAUAUGUGUUCCCUUAACGUAGAAACACAUAUCCCUAGUGAUAUGUGUUUACCUACCUGGGAAACACAUAUCCCUAGUGAUAUGUGUUCCCCCACCUGGGAAACACAUAUCCCUAGUGAUAUGUGUUUCCCCACCUAGCAAACACAUAUCCCUAGUGAUAUGUGUUUACCUACCUGGGAAACACAUAUCCCUAGUGAUAUGUGUUCCCCGACCUGGGAAACUCAUAUCCUUAGUGAUGUGUGUUCCCCUACUUGGGAAACACAUAUCCCUAGUGAUAUGUGUUCCCCCACCUGGGAAACACAUAUCCCUAGUGAUAUAUGUUCCCCCACCUGGGAAACACAUAUCCUUAGUGAUAUGUCUUCCCCCACCUGGGAAAGACAUAUCCCUAGUGAUACGUGUUCCCCCACCUGGGAAACACCGAUCCCUAGUGAUAUAUGUUCCCCCACCUGGGAAACACAUAUCGCUAGUGAUAUGUGUUCCCCCACCUGGGAAACACAUAUCCCUAGUGAUGUGUGUUCUCCCACCUGGGAAACACAUAUCCCUAGUGAUAUGUGUUCUCCCACCUGGGAAACACAUAUCCCUACUGAUAUGUGUUCCCCCACCUGGGAAACACAUAUCCCUAGUGAUAUGUGUUGCCGCACCUGAGAAACACAUAUCCCUAGUGAUAUGUGUUCUUCAAGUUUUCUUUUUUUGUUUCGCAUUUCUGAUUGAACCAUUUGUUUUGUGAUUUGUAUCUCGCUUUCAAUCUGACUUCUUUGCAUUCUUGCACCAAAGGUUCGCUGAGAUGCUACCAUGUUUGACAGCUGCUACCAACCUGGAUUGAACUGUUUAUAUCAAUAGUGAUAUGUCUUCCCUAGUGGCCCCACCGCGGAUUACAUGUCAGCUACUUUCUCUUAUUCUCCUUCUACUUAAAAUCUUUGUGACAACCCUGCCAGUUGUGUAGGAGUAUUGUUAGAAAACUCAAUUUCCAGUUACCGGUCUGCACGACACUCUUAAUGUGGGCUAUUCCGUGGUGCUGACGUCGAGUAUCCCGAUGCAGAAAAUAGUUCAGGUCGUGUCUUUUUCGUCUGGACAGCUAGAACGAGUAUUAAUUUUGUUUUCUAGGCGACAAAUCCUUCACUUACAGAAGGCCAGGUUACUGAGAGUCUAGAAGAACAAGCCGAGGUUACAAAGCAGUCCUCGCUGGAUUUGCAACUAAAGGAUCGUUUGAUUGCACUGAGGUUUGAAGAAUUAUUCUUGUAUUGAGUUUUUUAAAUUUACUCAAUCUUUUUAGAUAAGAGGCGCGUUAUCUGUCUGGCAUGGCAUCACUAGGGAGGUUCACAACCACGUACAUGCCAUUCGUGAGGAGGAAUCUGGGGCCCGUUUCUCGAAAGUCCCGUUAACUUUUCGUGCCAAAAAUCAAAUAUUCAAAUCGAAAUAUAAAGAAUAAGAGCGCGGGUCCUGGCUAGAAAACUACUCCAUUUUGUUUCAUUAACUGAUAGUUUUAUCAUGUUAGAUGCAAAACUACUGAAACCGCGGUCUUUAAUGUAAACGGCAACAGCUUAUUGGACCCGUUAAUUAUCGGGACUUUCGAGUAACGGGGCGGGUUAAUUUUCGCAAAGACUUCUGGGAUUGUUACUAGGAACAAAGGAAAAAAUUAGCCAAUAGCUGACCGGCUCAUCGCCAAUAGCGAUCCCACAAACAAUUGCGGGACACAAUUCGGCUCCAGUUCCCUUCUUCUUUGUUAAAAUAACAGCUAUCUUGCCUUUACAAUACAGCUGAGAUAUACAGAAUGAAAUGAUAGGGAAAGCGUUUAAGGCAAAAAUGCGAAUGUGAAUUCAUUUAAAGAGUUCACAUUCUUCACAUAACCUUCCAUUUUGCUAAUUUUUAAGCUCUCGUUGUAUUUCUUACGUUGUCCUUUGGCCUAAAACGUUAAACAGAUGUUCAAGAAUGAAUUGCGUGCAGCGCGUUGGUUUCUGCCAAUAAUUAUUAUAAGCAUUUUGUUUUGUGCCCUCUUGUCACCCUCGUCGUUGCUUAAGUCCUCUCCAUAACUGAAGUCAAGGCGAAGCACGGUUUCUCCUCAAUGCCAUGGUUGUUACACUUGAUUUUGCCAGUGCACAGCAACGAGAGCUGUAUGCACAGGUUUGGCCAUAUCAAUGAGUAUUACGCGCGUCAGUGAUCGCUUGCUAGAUGAAAAGAGAAGUCUCCCCUUGAGACAAUAGCUGUUUGCCAUCCCAAGGUUAUACUCAUUCUGUUUUGCUUAAUUUUCUCUUGCGACAGGAAAGAGCUGUCUUCCAACAUAUCUCCUAGAGUACUGAUAUCUGCUGUGACCGAGUGUUACCACAAAGUUGUAAUAAAACACAAGGUGAGAGAGAAUACGUGUUUAUGUGUAAAAUUUUUGAAGUUGCUCUGGGCAAUCUGUGAGAGAGCGAGGGUUAAACUAGGAUUAUCUUUUUUUUUUCCUUCAGGUGUGUGUGGUGUCACUUAUGAGCCUGCUUGCAGAUUGUGUUAGCGGCAUGACGAAGGAGGAUAUCAAAACCCACCAGUCAAACCUGUUUAGCUUGUUUUUGGAAGUGCUGGAUUUUAGAGUGCAGCACAACCAGGAAGUACGAAUUUCAAAUAUAGAUUUUGUUUUAUGUGAUGAAGACUUUUUAGGACUCCACGGAGUCUAAAGUACAUGUAAGUUUGUCAACUCUUAUUUCUUUUGCAUAUUUCAGGAUGAUGAUGAUUUAGUAGACAAGACAGAGGGUAGAGUUAUCGAAGCAUUUUUGUGUCUAGUGGUCAAGCUGUCUGAAGUAUCCUUCAGACCAAUGUUUCUACGGGUACGUGUUCAUUUUCUGUGUUUGAUUUGUUGUUUAAUGAUGUAUUAAAACAUCGAGGCUUUCCCUCUAAAGCCGGCUGGGCGUGUCUUUUAAUGCUCUAUUGUUUAGCUCCAAAAUAGUUGGGUUUGCUGAUAGGAGCUUGGAUUUUCAAGUUCAAAUUCCCAAUUUUUGCGGGUAACUAUCUGUUUAUAUCUUAACAUGAUUAUCUACAAUGUCAAAAAUUUGCCGGAAAGUAAAACAAGUACGCUGCGCAUCUCGGGACGAGCUAAUUAUUCAGUGACCUUUCUCGUUUGUAUGAUACAGUUAGAACUGCUUUAACUUACAAAGAGCAACUCACCAAAUUUGCGGUCGCGCGGAGAUUAGCGACUUCAGUAAAUGCGUCUGUGCUCGCAGGCUGGGCUGGGGGGGGGGGUGUGUGUUGGGAAGGGAGGGGAUAGAGAGGGUAAAUGUUUUCUGUUUGUCUGUGCAAGGGUUCAGAGUGAUAUUCCUCCUUUAAUUGGAGCCACAUAGUAUCUAUAGGACUGUUAGAGUAUAUUUGUGUUUUUGCAAGAGGAUGUUAAUUUGGUGCCUGAAAAAGUAAUCACAACUGUUACUUCGUUACAGCUGAUAGACUGGGCGACCAGGUCUUCUUCCAGUAAGGAGCGGCUGCUUGUUUUCUAUCGUCUGUGCGACAGGUAAAGAACAUUUGGUCAAUUAUUGCGUGUUAAGAUGCAUUGUUUGACCGGUUUUUUCCCUUACUGUUAAUCUUGUUUUAUUUAACUCUUAGCGUGGCUGCUAAACUGAAGGGUCUGUUUGUGCUGUUUGCUGGUUAUCUUGUCAAGAACUGUGCUUCCUUUCUAGAUGCGGCCAACAUUUCCAAAACAGGUAAAAUGAUAAGAAACGUUGAACUUGAUCACUUAAAUGCGGGGUGUGACAUUUCGCCGCACGUUAUUAUCCCCAGUAUACGCCAUUUUGAUAUUGCGCAAGAGAUUGGCUCAGUUUAUUGUCGAAUUACGGUACGAGCCCGUUUUGGAUGACGCUGUCGUUCAUUAGUUGGCUAUUACAAGCUUGCGCAGAAAACUGAGUCCAAAUUCGUCCCCAAUUCAAUCCCUUAGUGCAAUAGGGCACAACACUGAGCCAGUCUCUUGCGCAACCUGAAAAUGGCAAGGAAGUGAUCUAAAAAAUUGCGAGUCGAGAUAAAAGGAUUCUUUUUGUGUUAAGUUAAUGAAGAGGGUUUAAGAUAGGCUGUAUCCAGUUAACUUGCAAAAUGCCAAAACUGUUUGGCCUUGGUGUUUAGACGGUCACUAACGUAUAACAGGUCAGUGCCAAAAGUUGCAGGAAAAUUUGUUUAUGUACCAAACGACACGUGUUUAGAUUAUUGUGCCAAAAUAGGAGAUGCUUUUUACACUGUGAGAAAAAAAAAUUGUGCCAAAGAUUAACCGUUUUCUUUUCCACUUCUGUCGAUAGAAGAAGGCAUCUUCCCAGACGUGUCUAAGAAUAGAGGAACACACCUUACUUGCCUUCUACUGAACUACCUUUUGGAUUGUUUACACAAAUGUCUUUUGUACGACAAUCAUGGAUUCCUGGACGGCGAUCGAUUCCAAUGUUUGAUGCAACCGCUUGUGGAUCAGGUAAGAUGUUAGGUGUGACACUUCACUUAUGCCUGUCUUGUCAGUGUCCUGUUUUUAACUCACCGUAUGAUAUGGGACCUUCCUGUCAAUGUGUGUGACAGUGUGGUAAUCUGGAAGUAAAAGUUGCGCACUACAUGAAAGUGCGUGAUGGGCUUGUAUGUCCCAAAAUGCACCUUUUAACAACACUGCAAGGGGGCAAGUGGACUGGAAUGGCACGCGCAAAAAAUCGGAAGUGUCCCAAGUUUUUUUGACUGGGUUUAUAGAAUUGGUCCUUGCCAUUCUCAUCUCCUCUUACGCGACUCUUGUCCCAUGGGAUUUCCCCCUUAGAGAGUCAAGAGUCUCUAACCUCCAGCUGAAAAACCAAUCAUGGCAUCAUAACAUAACAUUAGAGGGAAGUAAGUUUAGACAAAACACAUCACAUUAACCUAUUUGCAAAGAGCCCAAGGUUGGAGGAAGCAGUAUGUUAUAGUAGAACAGGUCUCAUAACAACUUCGUUUAAUACUUCAUAUCCUAAAUUCACUUCUUGAAUCCAUCUACUUAACGUUUGUUUGCAGACUGAAAAUCCAUUAGGAGGUGAAGCUGAAUUCAAACAGCGUUUGACCAAUCAUUUGGUGCCCUGUCUCUCACAGUUUGCGGUGGCUGCCGGGAACGAUGCGCUGUGGAAACCUCUGAACUAUCAAGUGUUGCUCAAAACACGUCACAAGUCUGCGCAAGUUCGCUUCGCGGCACUGAAAGUAUUGGAGGGUAUCCACGCUCGACUAGGAGAAGAUUUUAUGGUCCUCCUGCCAGAAACCAUUCCUUUCUUAGCAGAGCUCAUGGAAGGUAGGUCACGCACCCUUCAAUCCCCUCAGUCACGCAAGUUUCUUGUAACGCAACCCAACUCUGUAUGAUGAGCCAAUGGCAUGGUUUGAAAGGACUUUCGAUGUGUUUUUAAUGUUUUUUGUUUCUAUCCACUUUUGUAGAUGAAUGUUUUGAAGUCGAACAACAAUGUCAACAUCUGAUCUCGGAGAUUGAACGAGUCCUGGGAGAACCACUACAGAAGUAUUUUUAAUUCUCGGACAUCGACUCAAGUCAUGCUGUUCAGCCUGUUCGAAGAGCCAGGGAGGGGUGGGGAUAUACAGGAACAAUAUGCUUACGUUUUUCCAACCCCCUCCGCUAGAUUAAUAGAGAUUUUAAAGAACGACACGGCGAUGACAAGAAGAGUUUCCAAAAAGUAGUAAGUCAAAUCAGCAAAACAACAACUCUGCACGUGCAUCACAUGUUUUGGUAAAUUUAUUUUCCGCCCUCAGCACGACUUUAACGUGUAAUUCUUUAACGCAACGUUUAAGGCGCGGUGUAAAGAAACAAGUGUUUUAAGUGGGGUCUUAAAAAAUUGAACUGCAAGAAAAUUCACUUACAUAUGACAAAUUGAGCCAGUCGGCUCGCUUCACUUGCAGUUUUUUUUUAAAUUUGCGUCCUGUUAUUCGCCAUUUUCCCCAUUAAGUAACCUCGUCCCAGGCUAACUCUGAUAACACGCGGCGUGGCUACUACUCUACGCAUGUGCGUAGCUAUAUCACACCGCCAGUAAUCCCAUGAGCAGCUGUUACAAUCUCAUUGAUGCAUAUCAGCAUGGCCCUAACCGUCAGACCAUCGUUAACGCCAAUCAGUAUCACGUGACCAAGCUUUCCCUCUGCUUGUGCUAAACUGUUUUAUACGUCUUCAGGAAUUGUGAAUCUAAAUAUCGUGUCGUUUGAAUAAAGACUUCAAAAAAAUUACAACUUCUAUUUCCUGCUUUAAACUCGAUACUGUUAUUUUUACAAGAUAUGCAGCACUCCUGGAGGAUAAUUGUCUUGUCUUUUUAGACCUGCCUAUUGAAC